CCUGCGCCACCCAAAUGCGGAGAGUUCGGAGAGGAAGAGAGACGGGAGCACACGGACGCACGUUCUAGAGAAAUUACCAAAACUGUGCAGGGGUUACAGUAAAUUUGCGGACUCGAACUUGGAGAUAAGGUAUCUCGUAAAGCUCCCUGAUUACUCUUUUGAUUAAAAAUAUUAAACGAGGCGAGGCGGUUUGAGGUUGUGUUAGUAAGUAGACCACGUCCCCAGCCACUCUGGGGACCCAACGGAGAGGUCACCCAGGUCACCCGACGGUCCCACCCAGAGACCUGAGCUCCGGGGCUCGCGCGGGCGUAGGCUCCGCGGGCGGAGACGACGCCUGAAGGGACUAGUUGGCACGCCGACCGGGCGUGGUGACGUCAGGGCGGAAGCGCACGCUGCGUGAAGCGGCCAGAACCCGGCGGUCACGGGAAUAUCCGUCGCGCCGAGAACGCUGGUUAGUCUCACUCCGGGUUCCGGCUGCGUUGGGCGUGCGUGCAGCUCGCUGAGACUAUGGCGUCCGGGCCUCACCCGACCGCGACCGCUGCCACCGCCGUCUCGUCUGCUGCCCCGAGCGCGGGCGGCUCAAGCUCCGGCACGACGACCACGACGACAACCACGACGGGAGGGAUUCUGAUCGGCGACCGUCUCUACUCGGAAGUUUCGCUCACCAUCGACCACUCGCUGAUUCCGGAGGAGCGGCUCUCGCCCACCCCGUCCAUGCAGGACGGGCUAGACCUGCCCAGCGAGACGGAUUUGCGCAUCCUGGGCUGCGAGCUUAUCCAGGCCGCCGGCAUUCUCCUCCGGCUUCCGCAGGUGGCGAUGGCAACGGGUCAGGUGUUGUUUCAUCGUUUUUUCUACUCGAAGUCUUUCGUCAAACACAGUUUCGAGAUUGUUGCCAUGGCGUGUAUUAAUCUUGCAUCAAAAAUCGAAGAAGCACCCAGAAGAAUAAGAGAUGUGAUUAAUGUAUUUCACCAUCUCCGCCAGUUAAGAGGAAAAAGGACUCCAAGCCCCCUGAUCCUUGAUCAGAACUACAUUAACACCAAAAAUCAAGUUAUCAAGGCAGAGAGGAGGGUGCUAAAGGAAUUGGGAUUUUGUGUUCAUGUCAAGCAUCCCCAUAAGAUCAUUGUUAUGUAUUUACAAGUCUUAGAAUGUGAACGUAAUCAAACCCUGGUUCAAACUGCCUGGAAUUAUAUGAAUGACAGUCUUCGAACCAAUGUAUUUGUUCGAUUUCAACCAGAGACUAUUGCAUGUGCUUGCAUCUACCUUGCAGCUAGAGCUCUUCAGAUUCCAUUGCCAACUCGUCCCCAUUGGUUUCUUCUUUUUGGUACUACAGAAGAGGAGAUCCAAGAAAUCUGCAUAGAAACGCUUAGGCUUUAUACCAGAAAAAAGCCAAACUAUGAAUUGCUGGAAAAAGAAGUAGAGAAAAGAAAAGUUGCCUUACAAGAAGCCAAAUUAAAAGCAAAGGGAUUGAAUCCUGAUGGAACUCCAGCCCUUUCAACUCUUGGUGGAUUUUCUCCAGCCUCUAAACCAUCAUCACCAAGAGAAGUAAAAGCUGAAGAGAAGUCACCUAUUUCUGUUAAUGUGAAGACAAUAAAAAAAGAACCCGAGGAUAGACAACAGGCUUCUAAAAGCCCUUACAAUGGUGUAAGAAAAGACAGCAAGAGAAGUAGAAAUAGCAGAAGUGCAAGUCGAUCAAGGUCAAGAACACGAUCACGUUCUAGAUCACAUACUCCAAGAAGACAUUAUAAUAAUAGGCGGAGUCGAUCUGGAACAUACAGCUCGAGAUCAAGAAGCAGGUCCCGCAGUCACAGUGAAAGCCCAAGAAGACAUCAUAAUCAUGGCUCUCCUCACCUUAAAGCCAAGCAUACCAGAGAUGAUUUAAAAAGUUCAAAUAGACAUGGUCAUAAAAGGAAAAAGUCUCGUUCUCGAUCUCAGAGCAAGUCUCGGGAUCACUCAGAUGCUGUCAAGAAACACAGGCAUGAGAGGGGACAUCAUAGGGACAGGCGUGAAAGGUCUCGCUCCUUUGAGAGACCCCACAAAGGCAAGCACCAUGGCAGCAGUCGCUCAGGACACGGCAGGCACAGGCGCUGACCUUCCCCUUCGAGCCGCGUCGGCUCCUGGUUUGCCUGUCUACAGUGUGAUGUAUGGACUCAUAAUCAAAACAUUAAAAGCAAGCUGAUUAGGACUUGAUUUCUUAAACCCUCUAGGUCUCUAGAAACACUGAGGACAUUUUCUUUUAAAAAGAACUACGUUUUUUGGUUUGUUUUUUUUUUUUUUUUUUGCACAUAAAAUGCCCUAGCAGUAUCUAAUUGAAAACCAUGGUCAGGUUCAAUUGUAAUUAUUAUAGUUGUGUAUUGUUUAUUGCUAUAAGAACUGGAGCGUGAAUUCUGUAAAAAAUGUAUCUUAUUUUUAUACAGAUAAAAUUGCAGACACUGUUCUAUUUAAGUGGUUAUUUGUUUAAAUGAUGGUGAAUACUUUCUUAACACUGGUUUGUCUGCAUGUGUAAAGAUUUUUACAAGAAAAUAAAAUACAAAUCUUGUUUUUCUAAA